AUGGUUGAUGGAGUUACAAAUACUGACUAUCUGAAAUGGUCUCAGCUCGACCAACUGAUUUUGUCGGCUCUUAAUUCUUCUUUGUUAGAAUCUGUUUUGGCACAGGUGAUUGAAUGCACCUCUGCGCAUGAUAUCUGGAAAACUUUGGAGUCAAUGUUCACCGCCCAGUCCUCAGCCCACCUCAUGCAAACUCAUCUUCAGCUAGCCACUCUCAAAAAGGGGCCUGAGUCAGUCACAAACUAUUACAAUAAAGCUCGCACACUUGCAGCUUCUCUUGCCGCUGCUGGUCAGCCAUUGUCAGCACUGAAUUUUCUGUUGAUCUGGUUCUUGGCAGCCUGUAGUCAUACUGGAUUUGUGGAUGAAGGGAUUUCACAUUUUAACUCAAUGUCUAAGACAUUUGGCAUUCAGCCUAACAUUGAACACUACGGUUGUAUGGUUGACAUAUUAGGUCGAGCUGGCCGCAUAGCUGAGGUAGAGGAGCUGAUACAAAGCAUGCCAAUGGCACCAGAUCAUUUUGUUUUGGGAGGACUUCUUGGUGCCUGCAGAAUCCAUGGCAACCUUGAGGCUGCAGAAAGGGCAGCUCGAAAGCUUAUUGAGCUUGACCCAAAACCAUGGAGGAACAUAUGUGCUUCUAUAAAAAAAAUAUAUAGCUCGUCAAGGAAGUGGGAGGAAGCUAAAAAAUUCAGGGAACUUAAGGGAGAAAGAAACAUAAAGAAGCUGUCAGGUUGCAGUUUGAUUGAAGUUGAUGGUGUAGUUCAUGAAUUUGUAAAAGGUGACUCAACACAUCCGCAAUCUUCACUGAUCUAUGAAACAUUAAGAGGACAUGAUAAACAGAUUAAAGAAAGAGGGUUAGUUCCUUCAAUCUGGUUAUCACUUAUCCCUUCAGUUUAA